AUGGCAAUGCAACAACGGGAGGUGGGAGUACAAGAUUUUGUACUCCUUGACCAGAUCACAAUGGAGAAAUUUAUGGACAACCUGAAAAAGCGAUUUCAAGUUGGCUCCAUUUACACCUACAUUGGAGAGGUCUGCGUCUCUAUGAAUCCCUACAGGCAGAUGAACAUUUAUGGAUCCGAAACAAUACGAAAUUACAAGGGGCGAGAACUUUUUGAGAAUCAACCCCAUGUUUUUGCCAUUGCCGAUGCUGCUUACCGAAUAUUAAAACAACGCCAACAAGACACCUGCAUUUUAAUAUCCGGCGAAUCUGGAGCUGGUAAAACAGAAGCAUCGAAAAUCAUCAUGAAAUAUAUAGCUGCUGUCACAAAUGUCCAAGGGCAAAAUGAAAUUGAAAGAGUUAAAAACGUUCUGAUUCAAAGUAAUUCGAUUCUGGAGACCUUUGGCAAUGCCAAAACAAAUCGCAACGAUAAUUCCAGUCGUUUUGGAAAAUACAUGGACAUUGAAUUCGACUAUAAAGCGGACCCAGUAGGAGGUAUUAUAACGAAUUACUUGUUGGAGAAAUCCCGUGUUGUUCAGCAGCAAGCUGGAGAACGAAAUUUUCAUAGCUUCUACCAGCUUCUACGUGGUGCAAGUGACAAUGAGUUGCGGCAAUUUAGUCUUAAUAGAGAUCCCUCCAAGUACCAUUACACGAAUCAGGGAAGUAUGGACAUUUUAACAGAGAAAGCGGACUACAAAGGCACAAAUUCUGCAUUUAAAACAUUGGGUUUUUCUACAGAAGAAAUUUCCACAAUAUGGCGAAUUAUUGCUGCCAUUUUACAUCUGGGCAAUAUAGAGUUCCAAAUGAUUGAAGAUGAAUUGGUCAUCAGUAAUAAAUCGCACUUACAGUCCGCUGCACAACUUUUACAAGUCACGCCAGAUGAACUCUCAACUUCGCUAACCAAGCGCGUAAUUGCUGCGGGAGGUAAUGUGAUGCAAAAAGAUCACAAUGCCACACAAGCUGAGUAUGGUAAGGACGCAUUGGCCAAAGCCAUUUACGACAGACUCUUCACUUGGAUCAUAUCACGGAUAAACCGCGCAAUUCUUUUCCGUGGUUCGAAAACUCAAGCGCGUUUCAAUUCGGUUAUUGGUGUUCUGGAUAUAUAUGGUUUCGAAAUAUUUGACUCAAAUAGUUUUGAGCAAUUCUGCAUUAAUUACUGCAAUGAAAAACUGCAACAACUAUUCAUUGAAUUGGUCCUGAAACAAGAACAAGAAGAAUAUCAACGCGAGGGCAUAGCGUGGAAAAAUAUAGAAUACUUCAAUAACAAGAUCAUUUGCGAUUUGGUAGAGCAGCCGCAUAAAGGCAUGAUUGCCAUAAUGGACGAAGCCUGUCUCAGUGUGGGGAAAGUAACCGACGAAACACUACUCGGGGCGAUGGACAAAAAUCUAAGCAAGCAUCCGCACUACACCAGUCGUCAAUUGAAACCGAUGGAUAAGGAGCUGAAACAUCGUGAAGAUUUUCGCGUUACCCACUAUGCCGGCGAUGUCAUUUACAAUAUACACGGUUUUAUUGAAAAGAAUAAGGACACUCUUUACCAAGAUUUCAAACGAUUGUUACACCAUUCUUCGAACAAUUACAUAAGCGAAAUGUGGCCGGAGGGAGCUCAAGACAUUAAGACAACUACAAAACGCCCCCUGACGGCGGGUACACUAUUCCAACGUUCCAUGAUUGAUUUAGUUAAUACGUUGCUAAAAAAGGAACCUUUCUACGUGCGUUGCAUAAAGCCCAAUGAUAUGAAGAGUUCUAGCGUCUUCGAUGAAGAACGCGUUGAACAUCAAGUUCGGUAUUUGGGAUUAUUAGAAAAUGUUCGAGUUCGACGUGCUGGUUUCGUGCAUCGUCAGCGUUAUGAUAAAUUCUUACUGCGUUACAAAAUGAUCUCGCAGUAUACGUGGCCCAAUUUCCGUGCGGGUAGCGACCGCGAUGGCGUUCGAGUUUUGAUCGAAGAGAAGGGAUUCGGCCAGGAUGUUAAAUAUGGCCAUACAAAAAUUUUCAUUAGAUCACCACGUACUCUCUUUUCUUUAGAACAGCAGCGCAAUGACAUGAUCCCUCACAUUGUUACCUUGCUGCAGAAACAGGUACGCGGAUGGAUUGCGCGCCAAAAUUACAAGAAGAUGAAGUCGGCGUUGGUGAUCAUGCGCGCUUAUAAAACCUACAAAUUACGAUCGUAUGUACAGGAACUGGCCAAUCGUUUCCGCACGGCCAAGAAUAUGAAAGAUUAUGGACGAAGUAUCCAAUGGCCACACCCUCCUAUAGCCGGUAAACGUGCGGAACCCGGUUUGCGUCGCAUUUACGACAACUGGAGAGCUUACAUGAUUUUGCGUAAAUAUCCCAGAUCUGAAUGGCCUCAAUUGCGGUUGCAAAUUAUCGCGGCGACUGCCAUUAAAGGUCGACGUCCGUACUGGGGUCAGCAAAAUAAAUGGUUUGGUGACUAUCUUGCGAAUUCGCACGAAAACUCUGCUUCCGCCGCUUACAUCACGAAUGUGCGUAACCUAAAAAAUGCUGAUGGUUUCAAAUCUGUGCUCUUUUCCUCAUUUGCCAAGAAGUACAACAAGCACAAUAAACAGGCCGAUCGUGCAUUUAUUAUAACAGAAAGUGCAAUAUACAAACUGGAUGGUGCUAAGAAUAAAUUCAAAAAUAUGAAUCGAUCUAUUAACAUUCAGGACCUAAUCUCCAUAAGUAUAAGUACGGGCCGAGAUCAAUUAGUGGUGUUUCAUUCGCCUCAAAAUAACGAUUUGGUGUUCGCAUUGCAAGGGGAAAAUGGAACUCUUAAAGACGAUCGCAUUGGCGAAGUUGUGGCCAAUGUUUGCAAAAGAUACUUCGACAUUUGCAAUCGGGAACUAAGAGUAGAUGUUGCGCCAAAUAUUGUGUGCCGCUUGGGAGGUAAAUCACGCACAAUUGUAAUUGAAGCUGCAGCUGGUGUAGAAAAUCCCAAUUUCCGGCAUGCUGCCGGCAACAUAAUUUUUGAAGUACCAACACACUACUGUGUCUAAGCACGAUAACAUCAAUGGACACCAACCGGACAUAAACGAAAAAGCUGGACUUUCUCUGAUACUUUCUUCUAUAUGUUACAACGACAAAAUUAACGACGAUAACGUCCACAAACCGAUUUGUUUCCACGUUUUCCAAAUUCUACUUUUUUCUUUAUAUAGUGAAUAAGUUAAACAAUCCAACGUACAUACCAGAGAGUGUUAAUGUGUUUUUUUUUAAUGUUUAUAAUCGUUAUUUAUAUAUUUGGUCAUGUCUAUAUGUAGGACUCUUUACGUCAUUUUAAGUUUUUUAUUAAUUAUUAUUCAGUGUUAUUAAAUCAUGCGAUUUUGCAAACAAAAGUAUUAUAUAUGUACUAACCCAUCGGGAUUUUUUAAACUUAAAAGUUAUACAUAAGCGCAUAUAUGUAUGUGUGUGUGUGUGUGUGAAGAAAUAAACCAACGAUGUCAUCCUUUA